AGUCAAGCAUUUUACAUCCCUAACUACUUACUAUUCAAUGACCUGGCAAUAAAAAAAAAGAUAAUAAUAAGAGCAAUCACUCCAUCCAUUCAAUCCCUCAAUUCCACACAAGCGAAAUAAAUAUGUCUGGGAACCGCACCGGUCUGUAUCUGGGAGUGGCAGUCGCCGGGGCCGGGGCCUAUUAUCUCUACCGUGCAGGCGGAGAUCCCAAAGCUGCCAAGGAUGCUAUGAAACAUGAUGCCAAUAAGGCGCGCAACAAGGUCCCCGGGGCUGAAGACGCCGAAAGGGCUCGUGUGGAGACGAAAUUGAAUCUCGAGGAGGCUGGAAAUAACAUCCGCGCCAAAGCUGACGAUAUCACCGCGGAGGGGAAGAAGAAACUGGAUGAGUUGCGUCAGGAGGGAGAGGAGAAGAUGUCCCAGGUGCGGAGUGAGGUUGAAGAGAGAGCGGACGAGGCGAAAAGUAGCUUGUCUGGAUGGUUUGGUGGGAAGAAAUAAGAGGGGU